CACCUUUCGUACAAACCUUUCAUGCUCAUCACCGCGACGAGUUGAAAUCAUGAUGAUCAUUCUGUAGAGAGACUGCUCAAGCUACUCUCUUUUGGCUUCUUUGCCCCCCCUCUCCCUUUCCUCUUUUCCAUCUCCUCUGCGCAUUGCGGUUUCUUCUCGCGUAUCCUCGGCCCUCAUUUUUGACGUCGGCGGCCCACGGCCUGCAUCUGCGGCAUAAUAACCAGGGUAUCGACGACACCGACACCGCUCAACCUGAAAACUUCCUCGUCCUCGUCCUCCUCCUUCUCUGAACGUGGGCCUGUUCUCGCCUCUCUGACAAGGGCAACUCUUGUUGCGACUAUUCUCUCUCCCCGCCCCUGUAUUUACCUUGCUGGAAUAUCCAAUCUAUCCAGUAUGGUGCGCAAUUUGGUCGUGCUUGGGGGCAACUCCCAUCCGGAGUUGGUACACAAUAUCUGCAAUAUUCUCGGCAUUCCUCCCUGCAACCGUAUCCUGUCCAAGUUCUCUGUCGGCGAGAGUCGAUGUGAGAUCCAGGAGACGGUCCGUGGGAAGGAUGUCUACAUCAUACAAACAGCAGGAACCCAGGAUACCAAUGUCAAAGUCAACGACCACUUCAUGGAACUUUGCAUCAUGGUCUCUGCCUGCAAGACAGGCUCCGCCAAAAGAGUCACCGCCGUCCUACCCCUCUUCCCUUAUUCUCGACAACCCGACCUCCCCUAUAACAAGACCGGUGCACCUCUAAGCAAGGGCCCUAGCGAGUCGGGCAAAUAUACCUUCGAGAGCGUCCCCGCCACUCCUGGGCCCGGCCUGCCCAAGAGUAUCGGCCUGAACAGCGGCAUCGACAUCACCAAGAUGCUUACACAGGUCUCACUUGCCAAUGGCAACGGGUCUGCCAAGGCGCACGGCGAGGGCGCAAAUUCUGGCGCCAAUGGGGUCGCCGCCGCCCGCGACCAUGCGAAUUCUGUCUCUUCGGUGACUGGUAACUACACCACGCACGACUAUGAGAACCCUCAGAUGAUCAAUGCCUUCCAGGCAAAACCUGGGUACAAGCAGUGGGUAGCACAGGCUGGGACCCUGGUGGCGGACCUCUUGACAUGUGCCGGUGCAGACCAUGUAAUCACAAUGGACUUACAUGACCCUCAGUAUCAGGGGUUCUUUGAUAUUCCCGUCGAUAAUCUCUACGGAAAGCCACUUUUGCAGCGGUAUAUUGAACGACAGAUCCCCAGCUCCAAGGAUGCGGUCAUCGUCAGUCCAGAUGCAGGUGGCGCCAAGCGUGCAACGGCGAUUGCCGACGCCUUGGGUUUGAGCUUUGCUCUGAUCCACAAGGAGCGACGCCCGACCAAGAUCUCAGACCGUCAGAAUGCCACCAUGAUGCUCGUUGGCGAUGUAUCAGAGCGCCCAUGUAUCCUGGUGGAUGAUUUGGCCGACACCGCCAACACCAUCACAAGAGCAGCAAAGCUCUUGAAGAAGGAGGGGGCCACCACCGUGUAUGCCCUCCUCACCCACGGCAUACUCAGUGGCGAUGCCAUCUCCCGUAUCAAUGCGUCUGCCAUUGACAAGAUUAUUGUCACCAACUCAGUGCCUCAGCACAGCCACAGGCAGGCUUGUCCCAAGCUUGAGGUACUGGACGUCUCCCACAUCUUUGCCGAGGCUAUCCGGCGUGUGCAUCACGGAGAGUCCAUCAGCGCUCUGUUCCCUCACGACUGAGCUGGCGCAGGGACUGAUGGACGAAAUCCAAGACGAAAGUGGGCUGGGAAUACAGCUUCGCCACACAAUCAUUCAUAUGGUCUCUUUAUUUCAUAAAUGGCGUUCAGUGAAAGGGGGUGGGGGAAAGGCCUUGACUGCCGCCCUGGUAAGGCAACCGAAACCGUCCAGUCUUGGGCUCUGGAGUUGGAGGCCGGUAGAUUUGGUUUCCCGAGUUCUUCAACAUCAUCAUCAUCAUUAAGAAGAACCAAAAAUAGCAAAGGCGAAAGAAGAAGAACAAAAAAAAGUAGUGGGCAGGCGGGAGGUUCCGGUCUCAUGGUUCAGGGGCAUCAAAGUCAGAAACCUACGGAACAAUUAUUGCAUAUUGUUCUUUUUUUUCUUCUUCCUUUCUCUGUCUCUUUUCUCUCUUCCGGAAGGAAUUAUCUUCCGAGAACGGUCACUAUUCCAUCACGACAACAGAUCGAUCUCUAGACCACAGACAAACUUGCUAUACACAUUAGAGAAGAAGCUAACAAGCCCAAGGUGGAGGGUACUAUUACGGCCAUGCCUCGCAGGCAAAGAAAGAGUGGGCCUCAUAAGAAGAAGUCUGAUGAUGGCAUGCAUGCCUGC